AUGGUCCAGUACUAUCAGCGUCUGUCUAUACAGCCAAGACAGAAGCCCUCUGAUGAAGAAAUAGACCUUUCGUCACCCAAGGUUGCUUUCAGUCCUCGGGUAACGCGGAGUCAAGUAGCUCGACGGUACCAGGGAUCCACAUCACGACCAGAGACGCCUUCUCGUCCCCCCAAGGAAGAUAUGUCAAUGGAUGAGCACUUUGGUAAUCUGGAUCUCGAUUCAGACACAUCCAGCCUUAAUUCAGACCCGCUGGGCCCGCUCUCGUACCACUCGCCCCUCUCUGGAGAAGUCGGAAAGCAAUACCCGAGUAUUGAGGACGAACAAAUCGUUAAUACCGCUUUGGUUCUGUUCCUCAACGCCCUCACGCUUCACUUCGAUUAUGCCCAGGGGGCGUGA